GCGCAGCCUGGGGAUGCAGGAGCUGGUGCGAUGGCUCCCGCCAUGCAGUCGGCCGAGCUCCAGUUCGCCCAGCGGCUGGCCUCCAGCGAGAAGGGUGUCCGCGACCGCGCAGUGAGGAAGCUGCGGCAGUAUCUCAGCGCGAGGACGCAGAGCGACACAGGAGGUUUCAGUCAGGACGAACUCCUAAAAAUAUGGAGAGGACUCUUCUACUGCAUGUGGGUUCAGGACGAACCCCUUCUGCAGGAGGAGCUAGCGAACAUUAUCUCCCAACUCAUCCAUGUUGUUCACAGCUCAGAGGCUCAACACCUGUUCCUUCAGACCUUCUGGCAGACCAUGAACCGAGAGUGGGAAGAAACAACAGACAAGCUACAGCUGGACAAGUACUGCAUGUUGAUCCACCUGGUCCUGAGGCAGUCCUUUGAAGUUCUCAAGGGGAAGGCCUGGGAAGAAAGCCAAAUCAAACUUUUCCUGGACGUCCUGAUGAAGGAGAUCCUGAGUCCCGAGAGUCAGUCUUCUGACGGAGUGAGAGCCCACUUGAUUGAUGCUUAUUUGGAUGAGCUUUCCAUUGUGGGAGGGAGAGAGCUUUUAGCGGAUCAGAACCUCAAGCUAAUUGAUCCAUUCUGCAGAAUUGCCGCCAAAACUAAGGACCACGCACUGGUACAGACUAUAGCUAGGGAUGUUUUUGAAGUCAUUAUAGAUCAGUCUGCUUUUGUACCUGAAGAGACUGUGGAGGAGCAGAGAACCAAAGUGGGUGACAGUGGCCUCUCUGCCCGAGAAACCCCUGCAGACAAGCUGGCCUACACAAAAGCAGUCUGCGGGAAGAAGGCUGCACCAGGUGAAUGCCUCGGAGAUGGAGCCCUUGGCAACAGAGAAAGAGACGGCUGCGCAGCUUUCAAGAAUUCAGGGUCAUCUCUCCAGUUUGACUUAAAGGCUGUUGCUGAUCGACUCUCGAAAAUAGCCAACUCAAAGAGCACCCCUCCCUUCAACCGGAAGCGGCUCUUCAGACUGAUCAGAAAGUUCCAGAACCUCUCUGAAGGCAAUAGUGCUCAACUCAGUUUUGCUCAGGACGUUAGUACUGAUGAAAAUGGUCAAGCCCUCGGUCAGAGGAAGCACAAGAAGAAAAGAAAGAAGCUUUUAGAGAGAGCCGCCUUGGACAUGGAGAAAGGAAACACAGUCUCUCUUGAUGGUGAAGAGGACAGUGGAGGCAACAUUCCCAAGAAGAAAAGGAAAAAGAAGAAGAAGAGCCACUUCCAGGCUGAGACUCAGGACCUGGGUGCUAUUACCAUGCCCCCAGCAGGUAGUACCGACCUUGAGCCCAACAAUGCCAAGAGGCAGACCCCACAGGCACGUGUGGCUGGGCCUGCAGCAGAGCCCACAGCUAGCAUCCAGGAGAACAGCUCCGAGCCAACACCCAUCUUUCCCACGCACAAGAAAAGGAAGCGGCCAAGAAAGAAGAGCCUAAGGGCCCACAGAGAGCUUUGGAAAUGUACCCCUUUGUCUCAGGAGGAUGUAGCAGAGAAUGAUCCUAGCAGUGACCGUCCCCAGAGCUCUGCUGCCCAAGUUUCUUCCUCAGAACGUGUCCAACGGAAGAGGAAACGGAAACUCGGGGCUGUCCCUGUCAACAGUGGUGGCUUGACUGUGCAGAAGGCAGGCACCCCAACAAGCCCUAGUGAAGAGAAAGAUAGCCAGACCAUCCUGCCCCAGUGCAAGAGGCCACAGAAGAAGACAGUGUCCUGCAGUCUUGACCUCCAUGAUCUGUCCAGUCAAAAAUCAGCAAUCUUAAAAAAGAGGAAGAAAAUGAAGCUGAUGUCAAAGUUGGUGGAACACAACGGAGUAACUGAGUCCAGCGCCGGGCAGAUCCCAGCUCUGGAAAGCAACAGGACUCUGAAAAGGCCACUGAAAACGGAGGAUGACUUUGUGAAGUUCGACACCCACUUCUUACCAAAGCCCCUGUUCUUCAGGAAAGCGAAGAGCAGCUCUGCCAUCCGUCCCCAAAGUCCUGCUGUCCAGCUGAAUAAAACACCCUCCAGCUCCAAGAAAGUCACCUUUGGAUUGAAUAGAAACAUGACUGCAGAAUUCAAGAAGACAGACAAGAGUAUCCUGGUCAGCCCCACAGGCCUCUCCAGAGUGGCCUUUAACCCUGAGCAGAGGCCGCUGCACGGAGUGCUGAAGACGCCAACCAGCUCCCCCGCCAGCACUCCUACAUCAACCAUGAAGCUACCGGCCACCACUCCGAAAAGAAGGCCAAGGGCUGCGGACUUUUUCUGAGAGCCAGCGUCCCUUUUUAAAGACUGCUUUUAUACUGGAUAUUCUAUAAAUUAUAACUUUUAAAUGUGGGCUUUUUAAUUAUUUUACAAAUCCCCGUGAAUGGGGCGAAUGUUCCAGGCCUGAGCUGCUGUCCCUGUCCCUCCUUGCCUGAGGUGCAGGCCAUGGUUCUGGUCUGAGUCCAUGCACACACACACACACACACGAGGAGGACUAAGUGAUGUGGGUAUAAGAAGCCCCUCUCCUCCGUGCCCGUCGCUGCACCUACCGCAGUCAGUGCCGUUCUGGUUACUUGUCUAAGUCUGCCCUUGUGAAAGCAUGUCAGCUUCGGGCCCAUUCUGUGGAUUCUGUGGGCGUUUGGCUGUUUCUCUUGAAUGAGCAAUAGUGUAGCUUUUCUACGUGUGACCAGCACGGGGUGGACAGGUGCGGGGUGGAGAAAAGCCACUCUGUCCAUGAGGCUUUUUCUCCUCAGCCUGACCUGUCCCUGUCCGUCUUCCUACCUCUAUAGCAAGCCCAAAGUGUCUUUUCAGGAGGGCCAGUGCCCCCAGGCUGCUGCCCACACUAGCACAGUUUCCCAGACCUCGGGCUUUUUUUUGGUUUUUCGAGACAGGGUUUCUCUGUGGUUUUGGAGCCUGUCCUGGAACUAGCUCUUGUAGACCAGGCUGGUCUCGAACUCACAGAGAUCUGCCUGCCUCUGCCUCCCAAGUGCUGGGAUUAAAGCCGUGCGCCACCACCGCCCGGCUCGGGCAUAGUUCUUAAGCUCAGUAAGUGAGCCCAGGGCCUCUCUGGCUGCAUCUGCUUUUUUUUUUCUCCAGUGUUGUCUGGACCCCAGGCUCUUGGCAGAACAGGAAGUUUUCCGCCUGGAAGUGCAUGUGCUGGCAGCUGUUACCUAGAACACAAGCACCUGUAUCCGCUGUUUUCUACAACUCUUUGAGCUUGCAUUAGCGCAGAGUUCCGGGGAGACGCUCAGGCUUCCAUUGAAACAAAUCUGACUUCUUUUUCAGAGCAAAGCCUGCUUGGCAAUUGACCUUGUCUAAGGAAACUACCUUGGGUCUGAAGGGUGGAGCCUCAGGAAGGGGCACAGCCUGAGGCCCAGAUCCUCCUGGUUUUGCCUUGAGGCCCUGGCUCCCAAGCACUCAGAGUGCUAUCGGUUUGCCCUAUGCUCAGGGUAUGCCCGGGUACCUCCAACUCUGUGCACCCUUGUGCAGAAGCCCCAGUAGAGGAUGGCAGGUCACUACUGCAGGGAUCGCAGAGUUGCUACGUCUGCCUCUGGCUUUACUCCUAAACACAGUCGAGGGGUCCGCUUCCUGCUGUUGGACCAACUGACUCAUGGAUAACAUUCCUGAGAGGAAUGAAAUGACUUUGUCUUUUGCCUGCUCAGUAAUGAAGUAUAUCAUUAGGCCAUGAAAAAUAGAGAUAUUAUGCUGUUGUCAGAAUAGGUCGUGUGCAGUGUGACUUGUGAUGGCAUGACCAGUGUGCUGAGUUUUGACAGUCAUACUCAAAACAAAACCUGUGUAGAAAAGAUUAAGGUUAAGGCAGCAACUGCCGUUAGCUUUUCAUUUAAAAAGUUCAACAUGUCCAGUAAUUUUUUUUUUCAUUUUAAAGUUAUGUUAUAUAGCCAAGUUUUGUGAAGCAGCAGGCAGCGGUGGUAGAAACAUCUGCAGCAUUUUCACACUAGCUACCUAUCCUCAGGGACCAGUGAGCAUCCUGGAAGCACAUGUAAUUCCUGCUGAAAUUACUCCCAGGGCAGAGGGCAACCUCUGAGUGCUGGGUGUACAGGUGGGCACUACUGUGCCAGACCAAGACUUUUGAUUUUAUUUCUUAUGCGCACAACACAGGGAGGCUCUGCCACGUGAAGGAGUACAUUUAGGAUGCUAUCAUUGUCCUUGAUGUGUGUUAUUUCCUCAAGUAAAAUUGCCGGGGAGGCCAGAGAAGCAGAUCUUAGUGCUGGUGACCUAAAUAGCACUUGGGAAGAUGAUGGUCUUAGUAGUGCGGAUGUGGUCAUUUUUACAGUUUAAUUUCAAACUUACUUUUUUCUCCCAGCUCCCCACGAGCUCUCAUGUAUCCCAUGUGGCCCCACACUGGUGGUCGUCCUGCCUCAUCCUCCCUAGUGCUGGGACACAGUCCCCUUUCCAAACUGAAGCACAGGGAGCCUGAGGGAUCAGGAAGCAGUGGCCUCCCUGGGAAGUAGGUUUGUGUUCUCUCUGGAUCACCAACUGCCCACAGUGUAGUUUGUUUACGAUCAAAUUGUAUUGGUUUCUCCAGGACUUGUCGGUACAAAUCAAAGCCAAGAGCAAUUAAAAGAAUUAUGU